CCGACAUUUUUCACAAAAACAGACAGCGACCUUUUUAAAACAACUGUGAACUGGCCUAGCAAGACCGCUGAUACAAAGCGAUUGUGGAAAGUAAUUUCCUGUUGCGGAAUCAAAGGGAGGAGCCUUUUAGCUCAACCCCCCUCCCCAUCACACCAUCACCAGGAUAUGUGCGUCCUGUACGCAACUUUCGAGCAGUUUGGCAAAUGAACAAUUAUUAAUAAUUCUAGCCUAGGCCUACAUAAUAGUAUGCAUAUGAGGGAUAUUAAACUUAAAACUAGACUAGGCCUAUCUGUCUUAAGUGGUAAUGUCCUGCCUUCAUAGCCUACAUAGGCUAUAGCCAAGCUGUAAAUAAAAAUAUGGACAAAAGACAACGAAAUGAAAUAGUCCUAAGCCUACUGAAAAAAACUGGUCUAGUCAAACGAUGAUCAUUGUUACUUACCAGGGAUUGGCUGAGUGCUGUAUCCAAAGCACGUUUUUAAAAGGCUAUUGGCUGAAAAAAAAAAAAAAAAUUGUUAUGUCUACUGUCAGGUUCGAAUAGUUUCCUCAGGUUUCACAGGCUGCAAUCAUCAGAGCAUCUAGGUCGCGUUUAAGGGAUAGUCUAAGUAGCCUAUUCAUAUUCAUAGAUUUCAGAAAUGUUUUACUAUCCUACAGUUUUACAUCACCGAACUGGGUGCUUUGCCACAAUAUGGUUGGCAGCCACAAAGGGCAAGUCAGUUGCACGACGGGAAUACCUUAAGGUUAACGUUCCACAAACAUGUGAUGAAAUCAUGAAGUACCUAUUGGUGCAAGUUCCACCUCCUCAGCCAGGGUUGCCUCGUCCUCGUUUCUCCCUACUCCUAUCCUCCCACCUGCAGUAUGGAGUGGUGCUGGUUUAUCACAGGCAAUGUGGCAUUCUUAUAGAGGAGCUUCAGCAGACCAUAGAGAGACUGUUGCGGUACCAGCAGCCCAAGAUUGACUUGGAGGGAGACAGCAGGAUCACUUAUACUCUGCCUAGUGCUGUUGAUAAACAGAUGGACCCACUCUUUGGAGUGGUUGAUUACGGUCUGCCUAGCCCCAGUUCAUAUAUGCAGAUGUUCUCCGCAGAGUUUCCAGACACUUCUAUGAGCAUGCACACUGAUGGCUUUAUAGCGUCUCCAGAGUCAAUCACUCUGAGAGAGCAAGAGCCACUGAUGAUCUCUCAAGAUGAGUUUCAAGGAGUAGAGCUCCAGGUGGAAGGUUUGGUUGAAAUGCUUCUGGAGCAACCAGAUAAUUUUAUUGAAGGAAUGAUUAGGGAUCAGCAGAUGGAAACAGAAAGGUCAUCACCACUGCAAGAUCAGGAACAAGUAAGGCAGGCAGAGGCGGAGAGGGGGCAGGACACGGAGCAGGACAGGGAGCAGGACAGGGAGCAGGACAGGGAGCAGGACACGGAGCAGGAGAGGGAGGUUGAGAGAGCCGCAGAGAUGGAGAAGACACGAGACAUGGCGGCCUCCACCAUGUCCACAGACCAACUCCAGGUUACUGCUAGUAUCUCGAGCAAGGAGCCUACAAUUUUGUUAGAGGAAGGAGUCAUCACACCCAUGGUGGAGGCGUAUGAGAUCUCUGAAGAAAGGACUCCCAUGUCUGUGCCUCUGCCUUCUCCAUCAUCAGUAGGCUCAAGGCCAAGAGAGGAGAGAACCAGGCAGAGAAUUGAGAGCCCAAGCCUUGAGGUCCUAGAGUUGCCCCCUGUUGUGAGACGGAGAAGACGUAGGCAGCUCAUCUUUGUUGAUGAGAGAACCCAGAUCCAUGAUGAUGAACAGCGAGCACAGAUUGACAAUGUGCAUAUUGAAACCAGACCUCUAGCAGAGGUGCUUGUGGAUGUGCGAACUCUUAGGACAGCGACUCCUGAUGCACUUUUGAGCAAUCCCUGUUAUGACCUGCCCCAAGACAUCCUGGAGAUAUGGAGACGUGGUGCAGCUCCUCGCUCCUCUCUUGCUGCCUGGGGAGAGGUGGAGAUGGAGGCCUCAGAAGAGGAGCAGGAGGAGAGAGAGCUGGGAAGGGGAGAGAUGGAGGAGGGAAGAGUAGAGGUGGAGCGAGAGUCUGACGCUCUGGAGAUUGCGAGCGACAGAGAGCUGAGCUCCAAGGACAUCAGCGCAACCUCUCUGCCACAUCCAGAGAUCCCCAGAGAAUUUGAGCACUCUUUGUCUCAGGAAGGCUCAGGUGUUUCAGUACACUCUCUGGAGUUAUCUGACAAAGACAUGUCACAGCUGGAACCUAUCGGGCUCCCAAGGUCUCCUGUCCGGCCUAUGCUUGGUCAUCUGGAAGACAUUCCUGAAGAAAUUCCCGAGCCUUUUGAGGACGCGUUGAGGGUGUUUUUCCAGCCUCUGGAGAUGCAGGAUGAGGUGACUUUUCAGUCGUUACUACCUCCAUCACCAAGCCGUGAAACAGUUGCUGGCUCUUUCUGGUAUCUGUUAGAGAAUGUCAAUCAACAGAGAGUCAUUGUGCACCAGGAUGAGCCAUACGGUGACAUCUUUGUUUCACGUGGACUUCUGUUUGAUCAAAUAUGGAUUGUUUCCAAGUUCCAGCCUUAUUUCCCGGUAGCUGUUUGAAGCCAUCCAAUGAAUUGAUGGCUCCAUUGCCCACCCCAGUGAGAAAUAAAAAAGGAGAGCAGAGCCCCCACUGAGCUAAAUAUAGACAUAGGUAUGCCAGUGGUAUGAUGGCGUUACAACGCCGCUGUCGGUAUUUACAAACAAACGCCACAGGUGCUACAGAGAAAUGUAGCAAAGUAUGAGUUGUAUAGUUCUGAUCAAAUUUAAUUUAUUAUGGUUAUGUAAUUAUAAUGAACAUAAAAUAUAUAUUGUGAAGGCUACUGUGUAACUAAUUUGUGUUUUCUUCAGUAUUACAGUAUAGUUUCGCAUGUUCUCAUUUAUAUCCCAAUUGACUUCUAAUAUUUAUAUUUUGAUUUUAAAUGUAGUACAUGACUAACUUGUAGGGAAUAAAUGCAAGUUAUAUUUCCAUCAUCCAUGACACAGACUUAAAUCUAAAUCAGAGAAGCCUUCCACACUUGCUAGCUGAUGAUGUUUUCUCACACUGUACCUAUGAU